UCUACGGUCCGGCGGAAGUGUUGACGGGAAGGCGCCGCGCGGGGCUGCGGGGCACUCCGCCUCGGCUGCCGAGAUUUCUCCAUUCAUAAAUCUAUUUUACUUGUACCUGCUCUCGCAAGUGAUCUUUUUUCCUUGGUCCCAGCAUCUACACUCUAUACACAAUGUCCGACAGCUCAGAGAUUACAGACACCGUCAAGGAGAUUGCCUCCAAGGCGCAGCCAGAGUCCUCGGCUUUCAUGGGUCAGGUGAAAUCUUUUGCCAGUGGUGGAGUCGGCGGCAUCUGCGCAGUUCUUGUUGGUCACCCUUUUGAUCUCAUCAAGGUUCGCCUGCAAACCGCUGAAAAGGGCGUGUACUCUGGUGCCUUUGACGCUCUGAAAAAGACUGUGGCUCGCGAUGGCGUUAUGGGCGUCUAUCGUGGAGUCUCGCCUCCUCUUCUUGGUGUUACGCCCAUGUUUGCUAUCUCGUUCUGGGGUUACGACUUGGGCAAGCGGAUAGUUACCGCUGUUUCGCCUCCAUCACCUAACGGCCAGCUUUCAAUUGCUCAGAUCUCAGCCGCAGGUUUCUUCUCGGCCAUUCCCACAACUCUCGUCGCGGCGCCUUUCGAGCGAAUCAAGGUCUUGCUUCAGUUAGAAGGCCAGUCUGAUGUUAAGAAGUACUCUGGUCCUAUCGAUGUUGUUCGCAAAAUCUACAAGGAAGGUGGAAUGCGUUCGCUCAUGAGAGGUUCUGUCGCUACUCUUGCCAGAGAUGGUCCAGGAUCCGCCAUCUACUUCGCCGUGUACGAGUAUCUCAAGGAAAGGCUUACUCCCGCAGGCCAGAGCAUGUCCCUUGCUGCCAUCAGUUUUGCAGGAGGAAUGUCCGGUGUGGCGAUGUGGGUCGCUGUCUAUCCUAUUGAUACGAUCAAAUCCCAGCUGCAAUCAUCGAGCACUCACACCAACAUCAGCAAGGUCACAAAAGCAAUCUAUUCCGGUGGAGGCAUCAAGGCUUUCUUCCCUGGUAUCGGGCCCGCUCUCAUGCGCUCCUUCCCUGCCAAUGCUGCUACCUUUGUGGGUGUCGAGGUCGCAACUAAGUUUUUGGACAAAUUCAUAUAAAUCCAGACUACAUUCUAUUAGCUACCAUCAUGCGGUUUAAGAGGUUUUUCCAGUGCUCGCCAGAGCUAUGUACAAGAUUUAUAGAAGUUAUCGGUUAUCAGAACAGAUCUUCAAAUCCCGGGGCGUUAAUGUAUUUCUUGCGUCAAUUAGUGCUUAUUUCUAAUAUACACCUUGUA